UAGCAAAUUGAUGAAAUUUAGAGAAUAGGGCAAAAUUUUGAUUUUAAGUCUGAGCGGUUUCUGUGUUGUUCGAAGCAGAUUUAUCAGUUAUGGCUUAUAGUUCUUCCAUCAAAGAGAUUCUGGGUGAACUGAAGAAGGAGUCGUACAUCCCUUUACUUUCGAAGCUAAUCGGCGAGUCCAAGUUCGUCCAGAACAAUCCACCGGAGGACCUGAUUCCUGAAGAGGACAGGAUCGUUAAUCACGUUAUCGAAGUUCUCGAUCCUCACAGUUCGAGGAAUGGCGGACCGUUGGUGAUAAACCAUGUGAGCCACGUUCCUGRCCGUGGAAGUCUGAUCGUGGAGUAUCCGGGCACUGUGCCUGGAAAAGUAGUUUCAUUCGUCGGAAGUCACAUGGACGUCGUCCCUGCUGAUCCUGCCACUUGGAAAUUUUGUCCUUUCUCAUUGAGUGUUGAGGGGGAUCAACUUCGGGGUCGUGGGACUACUGACUGCCUGGGACAUGUUGCCCUUCUUACUGAACUCCUGAAGAAGCUUGCAGAAACAAAACUACAGUUGAAGUCCUCUAUUGUUGUUAUAUUUAUUGCCUCUGAAGAGAAUAAUUCAAUCCCAGGCGUUGGAGUAGAACAACUUGCGGAAAAAGGAUACUUUGAUAAGUUAAAAGGAGGGCCUUUAUAUUGGAUUGAUACAGCAGAUUCACAACCUUGUAUUGGUACUGGGGGUUCGAUACCUUGGACACUUGUAAUGAAAGGAAAACUUUUCCACAGUGGUUUGCCACACCAGGCUAUUAAUGCUAUGGAGCUAGCUAUGGAAGCUCUCAAAGUGAUCCAAUUGCGCUUUUACGAAGAUUUUCCUCCUCAUCCUAAGGAAAAGAUAUAUGGAUUUGCAACUCCAUCAACCAUGAAACCAACACAAUGGAGUUAUCCAGGAGGUGGUAACAAUCAAAUUCCAGGAGAAUGUACUAUUUCAGGAGAUAUCAGGUUAACUCCCUUCUACAAUGUGAAAGACGUUAUUUCAAAAGUCCAAAGCUAUGUUGAUUAUAUUAAUAAAAACAUCGAGAAACUGGAUACAAGGGGUCCAGUUUCAAAAUAUGUCCUACCAGAUGGCUACAGGGGAAGUAUUGAUAUCCAAUUUGGUAAGGCGAUGUCAGGAGUCGCAUGUGAUCUUGAGUCUCGUGGCUAUCAAUUUUUAUAUAAGGCAACAGAGGAAGUUGUGGGACAUGUCAAACCUUACUCAAUUACAGGGAGUUUGCCACUUAUUCGAGACCUUCAGGAUAAUGGCUAUGAUGUUCAGACUGCAGGCUAUGGUUUAUUGGUUACAUACCAUGCAGAUAAUGAGUACUGUCUUUUUAAAGAUAUGGACAAUGGCUACAAGGUUUUUGCUAGCAUCAUCUCUCAAUUAGAAGAAGAUUGUACUUAAAAAACUAAUCUGUGAUACUACUCUUACUAUGGAGUAAUAAAUAAAACUUGUCUGCAGAGUUUUAAAUAAAAUUUGUCUGCAGAGUCUGCUUUGUACUCCUGAACGUUUUAAUGAAAUGCAAUACAUUUUGUUUUGUAA